UCCUCUCUCAGGGCCGAGAGUCCGCGGCUGUGGUGGCUGCCGGGGCUCCCAGGGCUCCCGACUGCGCUGCUCGGACACCCGUUCCGCCCCUGGGGCACCUCUGUCACCUGCGAGUCUCGGCGCGGGUCAUUCCCGGCUCCUCGGACGAGUCGCGUUUCAGCAUCGCCCUGCGGAGGUCUGAAGGGUUUCUUCUGCAGGGAAGCAGCAGGCUCGGAACGCACCGGUUCGGUUCUCACAAACGCUCCAAAGCGCUUCCCAGCUCCUCCUGUGGCAGCAUAAAGUCAAAUACUCUGAGCUGUAAACGGGCAGUGAUUCUGAGAAAUGGAUGAGGGUCUUUUUCAAGCUUAUGAAGAUGAAAUCCAGGCACUGGAAGAAGAAAUUAGGCUGUUGACAGAAAAGUAUGAAGAUAUGCGACAAGAAUCCACCUUCUUUUCUGAUGAGGAGAUACUGAAGUCAAUAAAAUCAUUCCAAAGAGAAACUCAGGGAGAAACCAAGGAACAUGAAUCUCCAUCAGACCUGAAAGCUCAGCUUGAAAGUCUAGAAACAGAUCUCUCAUUUUUAAUGGCAUUUACUGGGUUUCAUUUCACAAGUCAUUCCAAGAAAACAGUGGAAAAAACUCGAAACAGGACGGUGCAGAAGCACAGAUUAUCAGGGAAGUGUCACUCCCUGUCUUUUCAACUGGAAUUCCAGCUUCUUGAAAUGCAGAACAAUGAGAAAGUGUCUGCUGUUGUUAGUGAUCUCAGCAUUAUAAUGGAAUCCAGAGAAGAUUCAAAUGUGAGCAAGUUUGUGUCACGCACUGAAGAAUGUGGAGAUCUUAUAACAUUUUUCAGAAGCCUUUCAACCUAUGCUGAGUGGUAUGAGCAUCGUAGACACACCUUCCUGCAUUUCAAGGCCAAGUAUCCUGACAUUGUGACCCUUCCGGAAGGACUGCUGGGAGAUUUUAUAAUUCUAAGAAACCCCAAAGUUUCUGGGUUUGAAUUGAUGAUUGUCUGGAAGAUCCAUCUGGAUGAAGAAGGGACCACUACACCUGUCCUGGACCUGCUGCCCAAAGUACCAGAGCAAGUCCUGGAGCAGAGGAUGAGGAGCGUGGAGAGCAUCCCUGGCAGCUUCCGGAGCGCGCUCCGGCUCUUCGGGAUCGAGGCAGCCAUCGAGAACCUGAUCCAAGUGCUGGGCUCAGAAAAAUGAAUGCCAGCAUUUAUUACACCAGGUAGCAAUU